AUGGACUGUCAUUUUGCUAAGGAUGUUUGGGCUCUUUCUCCUAAUCUCAUGCCCCUUCCCUCGCAGACUGGUGAUCUGUACAUUUGGCUUCUGUCACUGAGCCCCACGUCCACAAAGUCUGAAUUGGACCCUCUCUCCAAAGCCCUCCUUAUCUGUUGGCAAAUCUGGGAGGCUAGGAAUAAUGUGGUGUUCCAUGACUCUAAGGCCACCCUAGCUAGCUGUUUUCAUGCUGUUGCCUGUGUUAGUUUGGACUUUUGGAGGCUUAACUCGACGGCCAGAUUUGACUUAGCUGAUUCCAUGAUGAUUAAAUGGCAUCCUCCUCCCACCGGCUGGAUUAAGGUAAAUUCUGAUGGGUCUCUUUUGAAUUCUCAUGCUUCCACAGGUUUUGUCAUUCGGGAUAGCGAGGGGCAUGUCCUCAUUGCGGGCUCCAACAAUAUUGGUGAAAAUUCCAUUAAUGUUGCUGAAUGUGUUGCUCUUCGUGAUGGUCUUGCCGCUGCUCUUGAUAGAGGAUGGCAUCGCAUGAUUGAAGGGGAUUCUAAACUUGUCAUUGACAGUAUCCGGGGUAAAGUUAACCUCCCUUGGUGUAUCCAACAGAUUAUUCACGAUAUUUCGGCCCUGUCUUCUUCUGUUACAAGCGUCCAGUUUCAACACGUCUUUAGGGAGGCUAACUUCACGGCGGAUGCGGUUGCAAAAUUGGGUCAUGGUUUUUCUAAUGAAGUUUUGAGGGAGCAUGGACUCCGGUUAUCUGUUAGGACCCCCUUCUAUUUUGGCCUGAAGGCGCUCUUGCCCGCAAGGCUUUGUAUUAAAUACAAAGUGUGUGACCUUCUUAAUAGAAUGUGA